AUGAUACCAACUGCCCAACGUAUGGACGAUACAUCGAACGCGUCAGAAGGAGCACUCUCUAUGAAUAAUGAACAAGAGCCGAACAGCACGACAACAGCACAAGCGAUACGCGGGCCAACCCAAGAAACUUCAAGUGCGGAAGCUAAUUCUAAUCAAGCACAGAUAAAGUGCACACAAAUUAACUUACAACGGGCGGUAGCCGCGACCACGCAGGUAGUCCAGCAUGCUAUUCAAUAUAACUUAGAUUUCUUGAUAAUUCAAGAACCUUAUUGUCGCGAGGGCCAAGUGGCAAGCCUACCACUGGCAUGGAAAAUUUUUCAGAAGAAAGCCAAUGCAGAACAAGCACCACGGGCAGCCAUUGUCUGCUGCAACCCCUCCUGGUCUCCAUACGUAGUAACCACAGAAAGAGACUUCGUUACUAUUCUAGUCAUCUUUGAAGAGCAGCAAUUCCUCCUAACCUCCGUCUACUCCCCGCCCACGGAAGGUCUUACGGAUGUGACUUGCAACUUUAUACGAGUGAAACAGAAAUGCCCAACAGUACCUCACGUCGUUGGAGGAGAUUUCAAUGCACAUAAUAUUAUAUGGGGCUACCAAGACACAACGCCUAAAGGGCGAGACAUGGAAGACUUUAUGGCCUGUCACGAUCUACAUUUACAUAAUAGUCAAGGGGCACAACCAACCUAUGACAAUACCUAUCAUAAAGGAUGGCCUGAUCUUACACUCUCAACUGCUAAUUUUGCCAACAACUUUAGCUCAUGGGAUGUUCUAGAUGAUGAGAGUAACUCAGAUCAUCGAUACAUCCACUUCACACUAACACUUGAAGCCAGCAUUAAUAUCCUCCAGAGAUUCAAACUACCGGGCGGAAAGAUACGACGACUGAAGAAUGCCUUUCAGGAGCUGCUCAUCAGAGAAGAAGACAUACUAGAAGAGCUUACCCCACCCCCAAGAACUGGAUGA